GAGAGGCAAAAACACAGAGGGAGAGAGAAGCAGCCAGGCAGAGAGGGAGCUGGCGGUCUGGUGGCCUUGCAUAACACGCGUUGGAGCAGCUUUGAACGCAGGACUUGGUGUUAGCUUCAGCUGUGGGGAACUUCCUUUACCAUCAGCAGCCCGUUGCCGAGGAAGGGUAGCUUCCAAACCGGAGAAUCCAAAGAGGAAGGCAGAUCUGGAGCAGCUACAGCACCAGGCUCCAGGAGAGGAGAGAGCGGCACAAAGGAGAGACUCAGGAAGAGGAGUCCUAGGAAACACGUCUCCAACACAUAUAUGCACACAGACACACAUACACAGAGAGGCAGGAAUAAUCCUUGGACAUGCUCUGCAAGCAGUGGCUGUGGAGAGACUGAUUCCUGCCGACAUUGUGGAAGAGGUGGAUCGUUCAGAGAUGAUUCCUCAUGAAGUCUAUGGAGCUCAUUUUGUGAGCUGGAGUGACACCAUCUUCUCUGGUGUGAGACCUGGAGCUGUCUACCAGUGAACACAAAGAGAGCCAGAGCCACGCAGCACACAGAGAGUCCGACCGCUGCACGUAACCGAGAGAGAAAGACAGAUCCAUAAGAAUUUAGAAUUACCCACCUGGGAAUAUUUGUAACCACGCUGGCACAAUGAAAUCCAACCAGGAGCGGAGUAAUGGAUGCCUGCCCCCUAAGAAGCGUGAGAUCCUGGCUCUGGAGCAGAGGCCUGUGGUAGUUGCCACACCUCCAGCUGCAGUGAUUACUGACAGUCCCCACACAGAGAACCUAGCAUGGCUGGCAAGUGUAGCAAGUGAACGCUGCAAAUCCAGGGACGCAGAGAGCCCAAGAUGUCCCAUCUACUCCACUUCAUCCUGUUCUCCUUCCACUUCUGUCCCUUCCUCGGCCACUCCUCUGUCUGCGGUACCCCUGACCUCUCUGCCUACAGUUUACCCCACCGCCCUCCCCCAGCAGGCCGGGACUAUCCAGUUUGCUCAGCUGGGACCCAACGUUCAGUUCAUCAGCUCAGGGCCCUAUGCUGGCUACAUCUCCUCUCACAUAAUCUCCGCCAAUGCUGGCUCUGCACCUAACAACUCUGCCAUAGGACAGCGUUCCCAGCUGGAUGGCUACACCACUGCCCUCAUCUCCCCCAACACCAAAGGGGAGCAGCAGUUUCAAAUAGGCCUCUCUCCCACAGAACUGACUCCUGUGUCGCUUUCAAGCUCCCCCCAAGUCACCAGCCAGUACUUUCAUCUGGACAGCAGAACACCUCUGACUGUCAGCGGAAACUCUGUCACUUCACCCACAGCCCACCUCCAGCUCCACCCUAACACAACUGUCCUCCCUCAAACGCUCACCCUCGCUCCCUCCCAGCUGGUAGUUCAGUAUGCAGAUGGUUCAGCUGGAAAGAAACCGGAGGGGCAUGCUAAGGGUGUGCUGAAUGGGGAAUUGGAGUUUGUCAAACAGACUAAAACUCCCAUUCAUCAAGUGAACCAUCAGCAGGUCCAGAGCUAUGAGGCCAGACAUAUCCUCCUGCCUGCAGACUACGGCCAAAACCCUGCUGGACUCCAGACCUCCUUGGUGCUGUUGGCCCAGCCCAACCAUGGAGCUGAACGUGAAACUGGCACAAAUAAAAUCUCCUUUAUCCAGACUGAGAAAGGAGGCAUCUGUUUGGGAAAACCAGUGUCCAGAUCUUCCUCCUUCACUUCCCUCUCUUCCUCAGAUGUGGUUAAGUCUGUUGCUCCUCAUACAGUCAUCCAGACCACUCUACCCCACGAGGAGCUGCCUGCCAGUCUCUAUUCCUCCACACAGUCACCUAUCAUUGGCUAUAUCACCAGUGCAAAUCAGCAUGCUGUCAGCUACCAUGCAGCACUGCCUCAGCACCUGGUCAUCCCGAGUGGCCAGUCCCUCUUCAUCCCAGUAAGUGGCACCAAUAACGGCACAGAAAUUGAGGUUAGUUGUACUGUCAGCGCCCUGACUGCUACAACUACCCCUCAAAUAUCCACCGCCAUGCCACAUGCCUAUCUGGCCACAGCCCUGUCCAAGUGUGAGGCGCUUGGACCAGAUGGAAAUCAACCACCCCCUGCCAUCGCACAGGCACCAGUGAUGCCAGUCCUGCCCCCAAACCCACCUCCUGCAGUGGCGGCAGCUCCCUCCCCAACUCCUGCUCCAGUCCCCAGUCCCGCCCCUGUUUCCAUUCAAGCCUCCCACUCCAUCUCCUCUUCCUCUUCCCCUGUGGCACUUCCUCCAUUCUUCAUGCGAGGCUCCAUCAUCCAGCUGGCCGACGGGGAGCUGAAGCGCGUAGAAGACCUCAAGACGGAGGACUUCAUCCAGAGUGCAGAGAUUAGCAGUGAGCUAAAGAUCGACUCCAGCACUGUUGAGCGUAUUGACAGUGGACAGAGUCCUAAUGCUGUGGUCAUACAGUUUUCUGUGGGAGAGCUCAAAGCCCAGGUGUGUGUGGAGGUGCUGGUGGAGUACCCCUUCUUUGUAUUUGGCCAGGGCUGGUCAUCCUGCUGCCCAGACAGGACCACCCAGCUGUUUGAGCUGUCGUGCGCUAAGCUGUGUGUGGGUGAUGUAUGCGUGUCGCUGACCCUCCGCAGCUUGAGGACCACUUCAGUAACAGACAGCCAGGCUUUAGGGACCAAGCUGAAGACUGGUCACCUCUCUGACUCCUGUCACAAUGUGGAUGCCACUGUAAGAAACAGUAUGAGUCAAAACGCUGCAGGCAAAAACAGUGGGCUCCUCAUAAAGGCUUCCAGUGCAGACAGGCUGCAGAGGGAGCAGGUUACUGGGCCAGGACCAGGACUAGAGCUACCACCAGGAUUGGGACUAGUUCCAGGACCAGGGGAGGGGAUCUACGGAGCUGGACCAAUGCUGGCAGUUUCUGCAACUGGAGAAUUGAGACAGGAAUCAGUGAAAACAGACAUGCCUGCUCUUACCAAAAUGCAAUGUGGUGAUGCAGAGAGACCCUCAGUCCGCAAGAGACGCUGGUCAGCUCCAGAGCGAGACCAGACUGAGAGAGCUGAGGAGGAGCCUCCUCUGACUCUGCCCAAACCCUCCUUCAUCCCUCAGGAGGUUAAAAUCAGCAUAGAGGGCCACUCUAGUACUGGGAGUGAAAGGUGCUUGAACAAAAGAAUAGACUGUUGAGAGAACUUAAGGAAUUUUGAUUACCUGUGGUUUGCUUUGUGUUUAUCUUUCCUCUCUAUCCAGACUACUGUAAUAUAGGCUGAGUUUAUACAGUAUUUACAUGUUUUCUUUUCUUUCACACAAGUCUGAUAUCUACGAUGAAGUACAGUAGAGCACCUUCAUAAGUGGUAUCACACAUGAGAUCAGUGCAAUCAAUGCUGAAAGCAAAAAUGAAUGCAGCGUGAAUGUUGAGUGUGAAUGGCAGUCAGACACCUGAGAGACAUUUCACCUGCGUGUCACAUAUCAUAAAAUGGAUCUCCAUGUGUAACGUGGCUUAAACCUGUCGACCAUUCCUCUUAUCACAUGAACAAGCACAGACCCCAAUGUCAGCGUGUACAAAGUGGGUAUCCAUUUGUGACUCUCAUCCCAUUUGUUUUACUGUGUAUUUGGUUUGUAGUGUGAGUUUAUGAGUGGUUGGAGUCAAAGAGAGACCUUUGGAGUUUCAAUGACAAUGCUCAAUCAUCAUGGCUGUGAUCUCUGCUGCCUUGUAUAUCUGAUGAGGUUUUGAGUUUUAUUAUAUUAAUAAUUAUUUUCAUUUUCAUACCAUUGCUGAUGUUUGCUCUGCCGCAGGUGGCCUUGUGCCACUUGUCUCUACGUGUAUGUGCGCGCGUGUGUUGGUAUGUGUGUUUUUCUGUGUGUCAGACGCACAGAAUUAAGGUGUGUUUGUGUGGCUGUAGCUGUGAGCUCAGUCAUCAAUACAAGCUGCAAAUAUCAAUCUUAAAAAGGCCUGAAUGUAAAUCACUGAAUUAGUCCUCAAUCAAAGUAGAAUUUGAUACCUUUGCUCUUGCAAUGUAUGGGUGACAGCAGUUGCACAUGGGUGCAUUUCUCUGAUCAAGUUCCUCAAAUUUACCUUAGUUUAUAAAUCUCAUAAUUCCUUUAAUAGACAGCAUGUGUCACAAAUGAAUGCCUGUAUUUAGCCCUGCUAUGUGCAAUAUUACAAAUCUGUACAAAAUAAACCAUACUGUAGUUGGCUAACUUGGCUAACUUAAUUGAAUUUUUUGGCCACUUGGGGACAGUGCAGCAAAGAAAACUAGGUUUGAUAUGGCAAACUUUUGCAAAACAAUUGCGUAUACAUCCAGCAGCACAGGUCAUUAUUUAUUUGGAGUAAUGUUUCAGGCGGUCUGUUGAAUGUAAGUCCAGUUCACCCUACUUUUUGCUGUGUUUUGCUCUCGACCAGCUACUGAGAGAAAUCUCUGGCCCUUAAGUUCCUAAAUUCUUCAUCACGAUCACCAGCUAGAUGCUUACUUUGUCUGUCUGCCGUUUGGUGCUGUGCAGGUAGUUUAGAAUGGGUUUAUCAGAGCUUUUUCACUGAAAACUACCUGCUGCACCUAAAAUAUUGACCCUGAUGAGAGCAGUGAGAGAAUGUUGCAGUCCGUAAAACCAAAACAAUGAGCGGAAGGAGGCUAAAUAGCUUUUUAGAGCUAAAAGGAACUGCAGAGUCUGGUAAUCUCUCCCUUUCACAUUACACAUAACUAUCUGAGGCAUUGUUAACAAACAAAUAAUGAUUAAAGCGACUUUAAAUGAAAACACACAAUAAAACAAAAUAAAUAAACAUGGCAUGCUAUUUACGUAUUAUAAAAAAAAUGGUACCUUCCCAUUCUAUUUACCUAUCCUCUUGCUUUCUUUACAGAAACUAUGGCCUUCGAUAUAUAUGUACCUAGUUCACUGCAGCACAUGGUUUUUACGGAUUUUCUUCAAUGAUGGUAUGACUUUCUUAAGUCCAUGCCUGUUAUAUCAGAGUAUGGUUGUUUUGAUUAAAACAGCUUAGAUCAGUGUACAUGUGAUUUCUUUCUUAGAGUAGAGCCAAAAUAAAUAUCCUACAGUUCAUACUCAGGAACAGUGUGUGUGUGUGUGUGUGUGUGUGUGUGUGUGUGUGUGUGUGUGUGUGUGUGUGUGUGUGUGUGUGUGUGUGUGUGUGUCUGUCUGUGUCUGUGUGUGUGUGUGUAGGCCUGAGACAGCAUGGCUACAGUCAUGUGUAUGUAUGUUCUGAGCAGCAGCACUUUGAUGAAGCAUCCAGCAGGAGUGUGGUGGUCGUGGUGUCCCUGUUCCUCAGCUGUUAGAGAUAAUGAAAAUAAUCAACUGACUGUUUUUCAUCUGUCCUACAGGUUUAUCAUUGAAAGAAAACAUUAUAUACCAGGGCAGGGAAUGUAAACACAACUCGGGCAAACUAUCUCAACUUUAUUUUUGAUGACUGAUAGAACUAUUAUACAGAAAAAGAAAGAGAGAGUUGAUCAUGUUCAGUAAAUUGUAUCCUAGAGAGUGUACAGUGUGUGUGUGUGUGUAUAGAUAUUCUAACCCUUAUGUAGCCUAUGUACUGUAUGUACCACUGCGCCUCCUUCAAUCAUUCCCUUAACUCACCAAUAUCAAGUGGUCCUGCUAUAGUUUCUGUCAGUUCAGGUAUUGAUCUAAUGUUUAUGAAUGUGCUACAGUUCUUUGGGAACAUCUACAUACGUUUGGCCUCCUCAGAAUUGAAUUUCACUUGCACAUUGUAACAUGCAGUAUGUGUGAAUAUGAACUGCAAUUUAUCACAAUAGCCAUUAACCUUUUUUAUAACUCCUGAAAGGUGUUUAUUGUAAACCCAUUACCCAGACUGUUCUCAUCUGUGUUUGACUGCUCAGGCUAAACACUGCCCAGUGACUGUUCUUCUCCAAAAUUAUGUGGUCUUAUAUUUUUCACUGUUACAAAGUAACCAUACUGUUUCAUCAGUUGGUCUUUGUAGCCAUUUUCUUCUCUUGUGAGUCUGGCCUGUGUUUAUAUUUGUUUUCUUUAAGAAUUAUUAUUUUUCAGAUACAGACCGAAUGGCAUCACGACAGAUACAUCUGUGAAAUGUAGGAUUGAUGCUUAAAGGAGUAUUUGACAUUUGGGGAAAUAAACUAGUAUUAGUUUAUCUAGUCUAUUAGUUUUCUUGCUGAGAGUUAAGUGAGAUUACCACUCAAUCUUCUCAUCUACCUUUCCGUAAGAAAAUUAAUAAGCGCAUUUCCCCAAAGUUUUAAAAAGUUCUUUAAAAGGCCCUGCACACACAAUAAAGGUGUACACAGUCCUGAGAAGAGGUCUAAUCACUCUAACCUGUGAGGAUGGACCACAGGUGUGUAGGGCUUUAAGUUCAAAGGUUCAAUAAUAACAAUAUACUCAUUUUGCUCACAAAUAUGCUUAAGCUGGGCCUCUUAAAAUUUGUAAUUUUCAGAGACUUUCUAAAUAAUGUUGAAUAUGGUGUAUACACACCACCUUGUGGUGAUCUAUGGAAUUGCACUUUGUUAUAUGGGGUGGGGGCGUGUUUUAGUCUAACUAAUACACAGAAGUAAUGUACAGCAUGUCUGAGAGAAACUGUACACUAACACUACAGCAUCUCAGUGAUUUGUAAAUAGCCAAAGUCUUCCAUUAUAAUGUUGGUAUGACCUUGUAGUCAGUGGAGAGGAUAAACACUGAUCCCCAUGUACAGACCUUAAGUGAAGUUCAAUUUCAAAAAGACAUAAUUUAUUUGAAAGGAAUACAGGAUAUCGCUUCACCUAAAAUAUUUUAUUUUGCACCAGCUUAAAAAACAAAAAAAGGAAAAACAUGUUUUUUUGUAAUUCAGGUCUGUUUGUUGAAUAAAUCUCAGCUAAGAUACAGUAUGUCCUACGUACAGUAUGUAGUAAAUAACAAUAAUGUUCCCUUAUUUUGAUGGUGUUGAGGUUUGCUAGUCAGAAACUGUUAAAUAUUUACUUCAAAUGUUUGAUUUUACAUUUGAUCAUAUAUAUUAAAAGAAAUAAAAAGAGUCUAAAG